AUGGGGUUCCAUAAGGUCGUAUCAUUUCAACCGGAUUAUGUCCCACAAUAUCACAUAACCAAAUACAUUUCGCAAAGGACCAAAUUGCAACUUGUUCACAUAAACCACAAGACCUCCACGUUGGUUCAUGGUUAUUUUGCUGUUCCUACAGAAUGCCUCAACGAUUCAGGCGCUCCUCAUACUUUGGAACAUUUGAUCUUCAUGGGUUCUAAGUCUCAUCCAUAUAAAGGUUUAUUGGAUACUGCUGGUAACCUGUCAAUGUCUGUCACCAACGCUUGGACCGAUACUGAUCAAACUGUCUAUACGCUGGCCAGUGCUGGUUGGAGAGGGUUUUCCAAGUUAUUACCUGUUUAUCUAGACCAUAUUCUGAAUCCAACUUUAACUGAUGAAGCUUGCUUAACUGAGGUUUAUCAUGUCGAUCCAGAAAAUUUGAGCGAUAAAGGUGUGGUUUUUAGUGAAAUGGAGGCCAUCGAAACCCAAAGUUGGUAUGUUUCAGCCCUUGAAAAGCAACGUUUAAUGUUUCCUGAAGGAAGUGGUUAUCGGUCAGAAACUGGUGGUUUAACCAAAAACUUAAGAACUUUGACCAACGGAGAAAUCAGAGAAUUUCACAAAUCUUUGUAUUCUUCUGACAAUCUUUGUGUAAUUAUCUGUGGUAACGUUCCAACGGAUGAACUGUUGGCCGUCAUGCAAGAGUGGGAUAAUACUCUACCGGAGAUUCCGUUUACUAUGCCAAAGAAAAGGCCAUUCUUAGAUAACAGGCUGUCACAUAUACCCGAAUCUAGAGAAAAAAUCACCGAAUCCACCGUGGAAUUUCCUGAACUUGAUGAAAGUCAAAGCGACUUGUUUUUCUCUUGGAUUGGUGUGCCUUAUACUGAUUUCCGUAAUGAUUUAGCAGUGUCUGUACUGAUGGACUACUUCACGGAGUCGGCAUUGGCAGUUUUUACUAAGGAAUUGGUUGAAAUUGACGAUCCCAUGGCAAAUUCUACUGAUUACUGGACAGAUGAUUUUAUGAGAACCAUAAUUAAUUUGGGUAUUCACGGUGUACCUACAGAAAAACUGGUUGCAACAAAGGAUACGGUAAUGGAAAUUAUGAAAAAUCAUAGAAUUGAUCUACCAAGAGUAAGACAAGUGGUUGAAAACACCAAGUGGGAAUACCUGUUAAAUAAUGAAAAAAAUGGCGAGUCUGCAUUAUCUAAUGCUGCUAUCACGGAUUACAUUUAUGGGUAUGAAGACGGCUCUUCGCUGGUUUCCUCCUUGAAAGAUUUAAGUGAUUUCGACUCUUUACUACAGUGGUCUCAAAAGGACUGGGAGAUGCUGUUAAAUAGAAUAUUUGUGGACAAUAAACCGGUUAUAGUCAUGGCUAAGCCAAGUGCUCAAAUGUAUGAACGACUAGAAACAGAAAAGUUGGAUAUGAUAAAACAAAGGGAAGCUGAAUUUGAUGAAAAGAAAAAACUGGAUUUAUUAACGCAAGUGAAUAAUGCAAAAGAAAUUAACGAUAGGCCAAUUCCAAGAUCUUUGCUACAGAAAUUUGAAAUUGAAAAUCCUUCCAAGAGUGUCGAAUUUGUCAAUACAAAAAGUAUUGCGAUUGUCGAUUCAUAUGAGAAUAAUGAUAUGAAUGAUCCAAUGACCAAAGAAGUUUUAAAGCUGAAACCAGAUAACUUUCCUCUUUUUAUCCACUUAAACCAUUUCCCCUCUCAAUUUAUAGAGCUGCACUGUUUAGUCAAUUCUACUUCCGUAAAAGACACUUCGCUUUUGCCCUAUUAUAACAUAUUCGAUGAGUUAUUUUCCAUGCCAAUGAAAAUCUUUGACGAAGUAAAAAAUGCAGAAACUACGUUGUCAUAUGAAGAAGUUGUCGCUAAGCUAAAAUCAGAGACUGUUGACGCGCAAAUUAGUCAAGGCUUGCAAGGCUCUUGCCCUGAUUUAAUCGAUUUUAGAAUUCAAUGCAAAGCUGGUAAUUAUUCCCAAUCCGUUCAAUGGAUCAAGCAUUGUUUAUUCGAUAUUGUUUUCGAUGAAAAACGUGUUCGUGUUCUUUUAGAAAAUUAUUUGAAUUCUAUUGUGGAAUGGAAAAGAGAAGGUAGUGUUAUGUUAGAUUCUCUAACCAACAGAAACCUGUAUUCAGCAAGGUCACUGAAAAAAUCCACUGAUCCAUUGUUUGUUGAAACGAAACUAAAAGAAAUAUUGGAAGAGAUUGAAAGCGGAAAUUUUAAGAAAGAAAUCUUACCAAGAAUAGAAACAAUGAGGAAUCAACUGAGGUCAAAUUUCAGUAAGUUUCACAUUUUGGUCCUUGGUGACAUUUCAAAGAUUCCGGACAUUUAUGAACCAUGGAAUCCCUUAAUCAAGUCCUUGAAGAUUGAACAUGCCAUUGAAAAGUUAAAAGUUCCCCCUGUUCCAAGAGCCCUAAGCUCUGUCUCACCAAUAUGCAAAAAUCCUGGUGAAAAAGCCUUUAUAAUAACAACACCUGCCUCAGAAUCUGCUUACAUGAAUUUAAUAACUUCGGUUCCAUUUGAUUUAAAUUACCAUGAUCCUGAAUACGCCAUGGUUUCUUUAGCUUCUGAAUACUUACAGUGCGUUGAAGGUCCAUUUUGGAAGGGAAUUCGUGGUGCUGGGUUAGCUUAUGGCGCCAAUAUGUCGAAAUUGUGUGAAGUGAACUCUUGGGGAUUCAACAUCUAUCGUGGUGCUGAUAUCAUCAAGUGUUAUGAAGCUGGUAAACAGAUUGUCCAAGAUUAUGCUUCCGGCGCCUUGGAAUUUGAUGAACAGCUGAUUCAAGGAGCCAUUAGUAGUAUUAUCAACAGAAUGGCUACUAUUGAAUGUGGAUAUUUUGAAACAGCUUUGUCUAGAUAUACAGAUGAAUUUUGUUUGCAAAGAGGAAAUAAUUUCAAUGAGUUGUACUUGGAAAGGUUACAAAAUGUUACUAAAACUGAUCUGAAAAAUGUUAUGCAGAAGUAUUUUGUUAAUUUGUUUGACCCCAAAAAGAGUGUUGCAUUUGUAAGCUGUCAUCCAGGUAAAUUGGAAUCCGUUCAAGAGUUCCUUGAAACUCAAGGUUUCACUGUCGAAAUAGAAGAACUAGAAGAUGAUGAGGAAGAAGAGCUUGACAGUGACGAAGAUGAAAAAUCAUGA